CUGGGAAAGGAGCCGGGAAGCCCCUCGCGGCGGCCCGCUUCCCGCUCAGCACGCUGCGCCGGGGGCGAGGGUUCGGGGGGUCCUGCCCGGCGCGGGCGGGGGGCGACGGCGGCUCCGCCGGGGCCGAGGGGGGCGCGAUGGCCGAGAGCCGGUGGCUGGAGUCUCCCGGUCUGGACAGGGCCGCCGGGGAGGAGUUCCUGCAGGGAGCCUUCCAGGUGCUGCUGGACGAGGCCGUGCGCAAAGGGACGGACGUGAGCGAAAAGGUGUGUGACUGGAAGGAGCCGCAGGAGCUGCGGGAGCUGCUGGACCUGGAGCUGCGCAGCGCGGGGGAGCCCCCGGAGCGGCUGCUCGAGCGCUGCCGCGACGUCAUCCGCUACAGCGUCAAGACGGGUCACCCCCGCUUCUUCAACCAGCUCUUCUCCGGGCUGGACCCCCACGCGCUGGCGGGACGCCUCAUCACCGAGGCCCUCAACACCAGCCAGUACACGUACGAGAUGGCGCCGGUGUUCGUGCUGAUGGAGGAGGUGGUGCUGGCCGAGCUGCGGGGGCUGGUGGGGUGGGGCGGCGGCGACGGCAUCUUCUGCCCCGGAGGCUCCAUCUCCAACAUGUUCGCCAUGAACGUGGCCCGGUUCCAGCGCUUCCCCGAGAGCCCGCGCCGGGGCGGCCGGGCCCUGCCGCGCUUGGCCCUCUUCGCCUCGCGGGAGAGCCACUACUCCGUCCGGAAGGGCGCCGCCUUCCUGGGCAUCGGCACGGACAGCGUCCGCCUGGUCGCCACCGACGAGAGGGGGAAGAUGAUCCCCGAGGAGCUGGACAAGGAGAUCCGGAGGGCGAAAGCUGAGGGCGCCGAGCCUUUCUUCGUCUGCGCCACCUGCGGCACCACCGUCCUGGGCGCCUUCGACCCGCUGGGCAGCAUCGCCGACAUCUGCCAGCGCCACGGCCUCUGGUUCCACGUGGACGCAGCCUGGGGCGGCAGCGCCCUGCUCUCCAGCAAACACCGGCACCUCCUGGCCGGCAUCGAGAGGGCCGACUCGGUGGCCUGGAACCCCCACAAGAUGCUGAUGGUGGGUUUGCAGUGCUCGGCUUUCCUCCUCCGCGACAGCUCCGGCCUCCUGCAGCGCUGCCACGGCGCCGGCGCCACGUACCUCUUCCAAGCCGAUAAGUUUUACGAUGUCACCUACGACACGGGCGACAAGACCCCGCAGUGCGGCCGCCGCGUCGAUUGCCUCAAGCUCUGGCUCCUCUGGAAAGCGGCCGGCACCGAGGGGCUGGCGCGGCGCGUCGAGAGGGCCUUCGCCUCCACCCGGUACCUGGUGGAGGAGGUGAAGAGGAGGGACGGCUUCCAGCUGGUGCUGGAGCCGGAGUUCAUCAACCUCUGCUUCUGGUUCGUGCCCCCGAGCCUGCGGGGCCGGGAGGGCUCCCCCGACUACUGGCCGCGGCUGGGGAAGGUGGCUCCCGCCAUCAAGGAGAGGAUGAUGAGGAAGGGCUCGAUGAUGGUGGGCUACCAGCCCCAGGGCGCCAGGGUCAACUUCUUCCGGCAGAUCGUCACCAACCCCGCCGUCACCAAGGCCGACCUCGAUUUCUUCCUGGACGAGGUCGAGAGGUUGGGGUGGGAUCUGUGAGGCCCCACGCCCCGGGGCGGGGGGGGCUGGGGAGGGUCCCCUAAACCCCCUCCCCUCCUCCCGCAGACCCUCCCGGCCCCGAGGAAGAGGAGCAGAGCUCAAUUUUCCUCCCGGCCCUUGCGGUCCCACCUUAAACUCAGCGCAAAGGCGGGCAAGGCUUGGCGCCCCGGCCCGAAAACACGCCCCGGGUGGAAUAAAAAGCUUUUACUGUU